AUGGUCGGAAUCAAGCGCGCCUCUGUCUCCGCGGCUCUGCUGCUCUCCAUCGCCGAGCGCACCAUGGCCAACCCCGUGGACAUCGAGGAGCUCAUGCUCCGUGGCGACGACGGCGAGAUGCUCGAGGCCCGCGAGCUCGCCUCGGACCUGGACCACCUCCUCUUCCAGCUGCGCGACCUCGAGAUCCGCAACGGAGUCGAGCACGACGACCCCACCAUGAGCACCCGCGGCUGGGUCCAGUCUGUCUUCGGUGAUGGGCUCGAGGAGCGUGAGAUCGACACCAUUGUCGACACCAUGGUCCACCUCCGCGACCUCGAGAGCCGACAGAGCAGCCCUGUCCUGUCUUCCGAGAACUGGGCCCGUGACUACGUCGAGGAGCUCGAGGCUCGCGACUUUGACGACUUUGAGGAGCGUGACCUUGAGGAUCUCGAGGAGCGUGACUUUUACUUUGAUGAUAUGGAGGAGCGUGACCUCGAGGAUCUUGAGGAGCGCGACUUCUACUUCGACGACAUGGAGGAGCGCGACUACGAUGAGGAGCUGGAGGAGCGCGACUACGACGAAGAACUUGAGGAGCGUGACUUCGAGGAGGAACUCGAGGAGCGCGAUGAACAGAUCGAAGAGCGUGAGGAGCAGGUUGAGGAGCGUGAUGAACAGAUCGAGGAGCGCGAGGAGCAGGUCGAAGAGCGAGACUCCGAGCAAGUUGAGGAGAGAGACGCCGAGACCGUCGAAGAGCGCGCCGAGGAGAAGGCAGAGGAGAACAUCGCCAAGCGAUCCUGCACCGUCAUGUAA